CAUGCAACAUUUGAAGUAUAGGUUUGAAGCUCACAUGGAAGUUCAUGUGGGAUCCAUCGACGAGGAAGAUGAUGAGCAAGGAAUUGCACAUAUGAUUGAGCAUGUUGCAUUUCUUGGAAGUAAGAAACGUGAGAAACUUCUUGGAACAGGGGCAAGGUCUAAUGCUUACACCGAUUUUCAUCACACUGUGUUUCAUAUCCAUUCACCAACCAGUACAAAGGAUUCUGAAGGUGAUUUGCUGCCAGUUGUUCUGGAUACUCUGAAUGAGAUUGCUUUUCAACCAAAAUUUCUGGUUUCUCGAGUUGAAAAAGAACGACGUGCAAUUUUGUCUGAACUGCAAAUGAUGAAUACCAUCGAGUACCGUGUUGAUUGCCAGUUGUUGCAAUACUUGCAUUCUGAAAACAAGUUAAGCAAAAGGUUUCCUAUUGGAUUGGAGGAGCAGAUUAAGAAAUGGGAUGCUGAUAAAAUCAGGAAAUUCCACGAGCGUUGGUAUUUCCCCGCUAAUGCCACAUUGUACAUUGUUGGAGACAUUGAUAACAUUCCACAGACGGUUAACCACAUUGAAGCUGUUUUUGGACAAACUGGCACAGAAAGUGAGGCAUAUACUGCACCUACACCAAGUGCUUUCAAUGCAAUGGCCAAUUUUCUUGUUCCUAAGCUGUCAGUUGGACUGUCUAAUGCUUUAUCUUCAGAAAGGGCACAAGCUAAUGGGGAGAAAAAGAAAAUUAGAAAGGAAAGGCAUGCUGUUCGCCCUCCUGUUCAGCAUAAUUGGUCCAUUCCUGGAAGCUAUGCAGACUCAAAGUCUCCCCAGAUAUUUCAGCAUGAAUUGCUUCAGAAUUUCUCAAUUAAUAUGUUCUGCAAGAUCCCUGUCAACAAGGUCCGUACAUAUGGUGAUUUGCGGAAUGUGCUGAUGAAGAGGAUAUUUCUUUCUGCUCUGCAUUUCCGCAUUAAUACAAGAUACCAGAGUUCGAAUCCCCCGUUUACCUCAGUGGAAUUGGAUCACAGUGACUCAGGAAGAGAAGGUUGUACUGUUACUACUCUUACAGUGACUGCAGAACCUCAAAAUUGGAGAAAUGCUAUUAAAGUUGCUGUGCAAGAGGUUAGAAGGCUUAAAGAAUUUGGUGUUACAAACGGUGAAUUAGCUCGUUAUUUGGACGCCCUAUUAAAAGACAGUGAACAAUUGGCAUCUAUGAUUGACAACAUAUCAUCAGUGGAUAACUUGGAUUUUGUUAUGGAAAGUGACUCACUCGGUCAUACUGUGAUGGAUCAAAGGCAAGGACAUGAGAGUUUGGUUGCUGUUGCUGGCACAAUUAGCCUCGAGGAGGUCAAUUCUGUAGGCGCAGAGGUAUUGGAGUUCAUAUCUGAUUAUGGGAAACCGUCUGCACCUCAGCCAGCUGCAAUUGUUGCAUGUGUUCCAAAGAAAGUCCACAUCGAUGGAAUUGGUGAAACUGAAUUCAAGAUUGAACCAGAAGAAAUCCUUGCUUCUAUUGAAGCUGGUUUGAAAGAACCUAUAGAGGCUGAACCCGAGCUUGAGAUACCGAAGGAGUUGAUCUCCUCAGAACAGCUGCAGGAGUUGAGUUUGCAGCAACCUCCUUCUUUCAUUCCUGUGGACCAAGAAAAGAAAAUGACAAAGGUUUACGAUGAGGAGACAGGAAUCAUUCAGCGCCGUCUUUCGAAUGGAAUUCCUGUAAAUUACAAGAUAUCCAAAAGUGAAGCAAAUAGUGGUGUCAUGCGCCUCAUAGUCGGUGGUGGACGGGCAGCCGAAAGUGCUGAGUCCAAGGGAGCUGUUAUUGUUGGUGUUCGAACUCUGAGUGAAGGGGGCCGUGUGGGGAACUUCACACGUGAGCAGGUAGAACUUUUCUGUGUAAAUCAUCUGAUAAAUUGCUCCCUGGAGUCAACUGAGGAAUUUAUAAGCAUGGAGUUUCGUUUUACUCUAAGAGAUAAUGGGAUGCGUGCCGCUUUCCAGUUACUUCAUAUGGUACUUGAGCAUAGUGUCUGGUUAGAAGAUGCAUUUGAUAGAGCUAAGCAGUUAUACCUGUCGUAUUACCGCUCUAUUCCCAAAAGCUUAGAGCGGUCUACCGCCCACAAGCUGAUGCUUGCUAUGCUGGAUGGAGAUGAACGGUUUGUGGAGCCCACACCAAAUUCCUUACAACAGUUGACACUAGAACAAGUGAAAGAGGCAGUGAUGAAUCAAUUUGUCUGCGACAACAUGGAGGUGAGUAUUGUUGGAGACUUCUCAGAAGAGGAUAUCGAGUCUUGUAUUUUGGAGUACUUGGGUACAGUUAGAGAAAGAAAAGGUUCCGAAAGAGCACAAAAAUACAGCCCAAUCUUAUUCCGACCAUAUACUGCUGAUUUACAGCAUCAACAAGUGUUUUUGAAGGACACAGAUGAGCGAGCAUGCGCAUACGUGGCUGGCCCUGCACCGAAUCGUUGGGGAUUUACUUUUGAGGGAAAGAACCUUCUGGAAUCAGACAGCACUGCCUCUACAUUUGGUGAACAUGUAAAAUUUGAAGAACAACCCCAAGAGUUGGAAAAUUCCGACAAGGUCAUGCAAGGCAAACUGCGUACUCACCCGUUAUUUUUUGCCAUUACAAUGGGCCUAUUGCAAGAGAUCAUAAAUUCCAGGCUCUUUACGACAGUUAGGGAUUCUCUUGGACUGACAUAUGAUGUGUCUUUUGAGCUAAACCUCUUUGAUCGGUUGAAGCUCGGGUGGUAUGUGAUAUCUGUGACAUCAACCCCUGGAAAGGUACAUAAAGCUGUCGAUGCUUGCAAGAAUGUACUCAAAGGUCUGCUCAGCAGCAGGAUUGCCCCAAGGGAGUUGGACAGAGCAAGACGAACACUGCUUAUGCGUCAUGAAGCUGAAAUAAAGUCGAAUGCAUAUUGGCUAGGGUUAAUGGCUCACUUACAAGCAACAUCUGUACCAAGAAAGGAUAUUUCAUGCAUAAAAGAUCUGAUUUCACUAUAUGAAGCUGCUACUAUCGAAGAUGUAUAUAUUGCGUACGAGCAGUUGAAGGUGGAUGAUAAUUCCUUGUUCUCUUGCAUUGGAGUCGCUGGCUCUCAGGCUGGAGAAGUAGCCACCGGUUCGGUGGUGCUUGAGGAAGAAUCAGUUGAGGGCCUCCAAAAUAUUAUCCAAGUGGGACGAGGUUCAUCGACAAUGACACGCCCAACUACAUGAAGUUCGUAAUAUGACCACAUUUCUUGGUUGACAUACAAGAUAUACUGCAGAAUAAGAGGUCUAGAAACUUCUGUGAUCGGAACAAAGAAAGAAAAAUAACAUCUAUCAGAAGCACUUCUUCGAUCAGGUGAGCCAUUCGAGACUUGCGUUCAAUAUGUGGAGUUCGAUGCGAAUAAAUCAUGAUUAAUUCAAUAUAUGAUUCUGUAUACAUACAUACUUUUUUUCUUUUUUCUUUUUUCUUUUUUCUUUUUUUUUUUCUUUUUUUAAUUUUUUUUACGAGUAAAGUUGUACGAAUAGAUUGCUUUAUUCUCGACUAGGCAGUAGUAAAAUAAAAAAGGUCAUCUUUUUUUGCACAAGUAUUGUGACUAUGUUGUAAAAUAGCACUCGUUGAUUCUUAUAUGUUUACUACAUCGAACAGAUGAAUAGAGAGUCAUCUUUGUUUCCUUGCAAA